GCGGCGGGCGGUGCCCCGGAAGCGGCGCGGUCAGGGCGGCGAUGGCGGCGGAGGAGCCUCAGCAGCCGCAGCCGGAGCCGCUCGGCGGCAGCGACGCGGACGGCGUGAACUGCCUGGCCUACGACGAGGCGAUCAUGGCGCAGCAGGACCGGAUCCAGCAGGAGAUUGCGGUGCAGAACCCACUGGUGUCAGAGCGCCUGGAGCUCUCAGAGCUCUACAAGGAAUACGCCGAGGAUGACCAUGUGUACCAGGAAAAGAUUAAGGACCUGCUCCAGAAAUAUUCCUACAUCCGGAAGACACGUCCAGACGGGAAUUGUUUCUACCGCGCCUUCGGCUUCGCCCACCUGGAGGCUCUGCUGGAGGAUGGGCAGGAGCUGCAGCGGUUCAAGGAGGUGUCAGCGCGCAGCAAGGAGGAGCUGGUGGCGCAGGGCUUCACUGAGUUCACCAUCGAGGACUUCCAUAACACGCUGAUGGAGCUGAUCGAGCGCGUGGAGCGCCGUGUGCCGCUGCCGGAGCUGCUGGCGGCCUUCAACGAGCCGGCAACCUCGGACUACCUGGUGGUUUACCUGCGGCUGCUCACCUCGGGCUGCCUCCAGCGCCACCGCCGCUUCUUUGAGCAGUUCCUCGAGGGUGGCCGCAGCAUCAAGGAGUUCUGCCAGCAGGAAGUGGAGCCCAUGUGCAAGGAGAGCGACCACAUCCACAUCAUCGCGCUGGCGCGGGCGCUGCACGUCUCCAUCCUGGUGGAAUACAUGGACCGGGGCGAGGGCGGCGCCACGAACCCGCACGUGUUCCCCGAGGGCUCCCAGCCCCGCGUCUGCCUCCUCUACCGCCCUGGCCACUAUGACAUCCUCUACAAGUGACCCCUCUGGCGUGAGGGGCCUCCCACCGCCCCCCGGCCAUGGGGCCCCAACCCCACAGGCCCUCUUGUGGCCUCCCAACCCCCCUCCCGCCCCCCAAUAAAGAUGUGG